AUGCUCAUCAAGGGAGCCCGACAGUUGAUCGGGCCGUUCUCCUGGCCUCCAGGGAGUCGCCCUUUCCCAGCGAGACCCUUCAUGAGGCUCCCCUUGCCCUCGCUGCCGAUCCCUGCUCGGCCUAGCCAGUUUUGCAGGCAACUCGCUAGUGUGGGCGCCCUUCCACAACUUACAAAGGAUCGAUACCCUCAAGUAAAAAGAGGUUCAUUUUCCAAAUUAGAACAAACCCAUUUGCAAUUCUUCAGGGAUCUUCUUGGAUCUAAUAGAGUUAUUACCGAUGAGGACGAAUGUCAAAGCUUUAAUAUAGAUUGGAUUAAAAAUGUCAGAGGAUUUAGUCAAUGUAUUCUCAAACCCAAAUCUACCGAAGAAGUCUCAAAAAUACUUGCUUUUUGCAAUAACAACCGCAUAGCAGUGUGUCCACAAGGAGGUAAUACUGGUUUGGUAGGAGGAUCUGUUCCCGUUUUUGAUGAAGUCGUCCUCUGGACCGGUCAGAUGAACAAAAUUAUAAAUCUAGAUGAAACAUCAGGUGUAUUGGUAUGCCAAGCUGGAUGUAUAUUAGAAAAUUUGGAAACCUUCGUUGGAGAUAGUGGGCUGAUGAUUCCGCUAGACUUGGGUGCAAAAGGGUCUUGCCACAUAGGAGGAAAUGUAUCCACCAAUGCUGGAGGACUAAGACUCGUCCGAUAUGGUAACUUGCAUGGUAGUAUACUAGGAAUAGAAGCAGUCAAAGCUGAUGGAGAGAUAAUAGAUUGUUUGAGUACUCUGAAGAAAGACAACACUGGAUACCAUCUGAAACAUUUGUUUAUUGGAUCUGAGGGAACUUUAGGAAUUGUGACAAAAGUGGCCAUACAUUGCCCUUCAAAGCCAAACGCCAUCAAUGUUGCCUUUUUAGGCUUGAAAUCAUUUGAUGACGUCCUGAAAACAAUGAAACAAGCUAAACAACAAUUGGGAGAAAUACUCUCCUCUUGUGAACUAAUAGACGAAGCCAGCUUAGGCUUGGCAACUGGACACCUACAAUUGAAGUGUCCAUUAGGUGUGUACCCGUUUUAUAUGCUUAUUGAAACGCAUGGUAGCAACAACGAGCAUGACGAAGAAAAAAUGAACACGUUUUUGGAGAGCAUUAUGGCGGAUGGUCUUGUCGAGGACGGAACAACAACGAAUGAAGUCAGCAAAAUGAAUAAUAUUUGGGCCUUAAGGGAACGAAUUACUGAAGGUUCGACUCACGAAGGAUAUAUUUUUAAAUAUGACAUAUCUCUUCCUACCGAAAACUUCUAUUCUUUGGUUCCUAUUAUGAAAGAAAGAAUGGGAGAAUCAGCUAAAGUGGUUUGCGGUUAUGGACAUAUAGGUGAUGGAAAUAUACAUCUUCAAGUAAUAGUAAAUGAAUUUACACAAGAUGCCUUGAAUAAAAUCGAACCAUUUAUUUAUGAGUAUACUUCAAAAUUAAAGGGCAGUGUGAGCGCUGAGCAUGGUGUCGGGUUCAGAAAACCAAAAUACAUCCAUUAUUCGAAAAGCCCAGAAGCCAUAGCAUUAAUGAAGGAGUUAAAAACCAUGAUGGAUCCCAAUGGUAUCCUAAAUCCAUAUAAAGUGUUGCCUUCCUAA